UUUUCAAUCCUUUUUAUUUAGCUCAGAUGGCAGAAGGGUCCUCGCAAUAGAAAUAUGCUUUCCAUAACUGUAGGAAACAUAUAAUACACGUGGAUUGUAUGGCCCAAAAGAACACAUUUGAAUAGAAAGAAAGAAAGAAAGAAAAAAAAGCUCAGCAGUUUUGUCUUGCAUGUGGGGCUCAUUCUAAAGUCUUCUGGAGACUGGAAAUGUGACAUGUAACAAAACCCCGUCUGGUGGCCUCUGUGCUUUUGCUUGCUCAGGAGUUUUUACAAUAGGAGGCAUGUGCUCGUUGGGUUUGGUCAGGUAUAAAUGGCAGAGGUUAAACCGAUGUCCAGUGUCAGUUCACCACCAGGCAAGUGCUGGGACACACACACUCGCAUCGUCAACAUGGGCAGAGUUAUCUUCUACGAGGACAGGAACUUCCAGGGCCGCUCCUAUGAGUGCAGCGGUGACUGCUCCGAUAUGUCCACCUACCUGAGCCGCUGCCACUCGUGCAGGGUGGAGAGCGGCUGCUGGAUGGCGUACGAUCGUCCCAACUACAUGGGCAACCAGUACUUCAUGAGAAGAGGAGAGUACGCUGACUACAUGAACAUGUGGGGCUGGGGCAACAACUGCAUCAGAUCCUGUCGUAUGAUCCCUAUGCACCGAGGAGCUUACAGGAUGAGGCUCUACGAGAGGGACAACUUCAUGGGUCAGAUGAAUGAGGUGAUGGAUGACUGCGAUUCCGUCAGCGACCGCUACCACUGGUCCAACGGCUGCAUGUCCUGCCACGUGAUGGACGGCCACUGGCUCAUGUACGAGCAUCCUCACUACAAAGGCAGGAUGUGGUACUUCGGCCCCGGAGAGUACCGCAACUUCCGGGACUACGGUGGCAUGAGGUUCAUGAGCAUGAGGCGCAUCAUGGACUCCUGGUAUUAAGCUAACGUGAACGAUCGAUUUUUUUUUUUCUUUCAAUAAAAUCGUACCGUGAAUCUGAAACAGGUGUCACCUACGUGUCAUUUAACGUGUGUGUGAGUGUGUGUGUUUUUUUUUUUGAACAAUCUACGACUACAGAUUUUGCCAACGUCACCCAAUGAUCACAUCGUGACCCUUUCACCAUACACCGUGAAUAUCGAUAUAUUUCAUUUGACUAACAAAGCGCCUCAAAAACAGCGGCUACGCGCUAAAAACAGUUAGCGAUCGGUUCAAAUAAAGAUCAAACCAAAAAAUCAACCGAUCUUUGAGAAACAACGGGGUGCGUCGUUGUUACAGAAAUAAAAUAAAGCAAUCCCGCUAUUUAGCGAUACUAUAUAUGGACAUUUGAAAUAUUUCUGUAUACGUUUGAACCAACACGACCCCAUGUGUCCGACAGAACAGCAUGACAUACCCGCUUGAGAACACAGCUGAGACACACACACACACACACACACACACACACUCUCCCAGGAGCCAAGUCACUCUAAUUACAUGCAGCUGACCAUCACACUCACACGUUCACACACAUCCGGUCCACUCGUUGUCCUUCCACUCGAAUAUCUGUUUCUUUAUUUUGUAUUAACGUUAAAAAUAACCCCAAGCAAACGAACGCGCGGGAUUUCACGACGCUCUCGGACUAACGAUGGGGAAGGCAGGCGCGAGGCGAGCGGUCACGUGAAUAGAGCCGCGGGACGAAACUGACUGAAAGCGGCGUUAACAGCCGUUAGUGAUGAACAGUGGGGUGUGUUUUAUUUAGGCGCUUGUUCAAGUGUGUCGGAGUGGAGCGACGAACGUCCCGCACGUCCUGAAAUUCAGGUGGUAUGAAAUGGGAGUUAACAGGGGGUCUCGACUGGCACUAACACAAAAGCAGUUUUGGAUGGAUGGAGGUUGGAAAAACAUCACUGCACUGGCAGAUGAGGAAAACGAGGAAAGAUAGGAAAAUAGAACGCGGAUAAAAGGAGAAUAUUU